UGACCGAGACAACGUUUUAGCCUGGAAGCUUAGUUUGGUAAAUACUUUUGCCACGCAACCAUUUUGGUUAAUAUUUGCCAAAAUUGGCUCACUUUGAAAAAACGUCCCUACACAAAGGGUAUAAAAGCUAACCCUCGUCCGUGGCAUUAUCGCCACCCUCCAAGCAAAUUCAACAAUUAUACGCACCUCACAUAAGCAAAACCCAAAAAAAUACCAAAAAAAAAAAAAAAAAAAACGAAACACACCAAAACGGCAAAACCCCAGACUCUGGCCUUUCUCUCUCUCUUCCCUCUCUCAGUUAAUCAGAGCAAAAUUGAGAUUAUACUAAGAGAGAGACUGAUUUAAAUCCCUUAAAUUGGCGCAAAUUUCUGAUAUAAUUCAUCAAAUUAGCCGUUGAACAAGAAACCCUUUUGUUCAUUCAUUCCCGCCAUGGUUACUCAGGUGGUUGAGGCCAAUUCUUCAACCCCACCUCCUUCUUCUCUUGAUCAUGUUCAGAAAACCAAGACUUUGAUUUGUGCUCUUAAUCUUCUCUCUCGUGACAUUCCUCUUCCUCCUGAAGUUUUCGCCUCGGUUUCUUCUAUCUAUCGCGGCAACGAUGGUGAUGUUGAUGAGGGUGUUUCGCCUUCCGGUGAUGCUCAAUUGGGUGAUUCUUCCUCUAAAUCGAAUAAAGACGCAUCUUGUAUCUCUAGUUAUGGGGAUUUAAUUAUGGAAUUUGAGGAUGCUGUGGUUAAGCAACGACCGAAAUGCAUGUCCAGUAGCGCUCUGACAGAAUUGAAUGAGAGCCGUUUUCAGAGCCGGGUUGAGCAUCGUUUGACUGAACUUGAAGAGCUACCUUCAAGUAGAGGCGAGGAUUUGCAAUCAAAGUGCUUGCUUGAGCUUUAUGGUUUCAAGCUUGCAGAUCUGCAAAGUAAGGUCCGUUCUGAAGUAAGUUCAGAGUAUUGGCUGCGCCUCAAAUGUGUGCAUCCUGAAAAGCAGUUAUUUGAUUGGGGGAUGGCGCGAUUUCCCCGUCCUUAUUAUGGUGUAGGACACCCUUUUGCUAGAGAUGCUGAUGAUCAAUUGAGGAAAAAAAGAGAUGCAGAGAGAUUAUCCAGAUUUGAAGAAGAGGAGAAGAACUUUGUGGAGACUAGAAAAAGGAAAUUUUUUGCAGAUUUGCUCAAUGCAGCUCGUGAGUUCCAGUUACAAGUUGGUUCUAUUUCAAAACGCCGGAAACAGAGGAACGACGGGGUCAUGGCGUGGCAUGGAAGGCAAAGGCAACGCGCUACAAGGCAAGAGAAAAUGAGGAUGGAUGCUCUCAAAAAAGAUGACCAGGAAGCAUACAUGAAAAUGGUCGAGGAGAGCAAAAAUGAGAGAUUAACUAUGCUUCUAGGAAAAACAAAUGAUCUCCUUGUUUCUCUUGGAGCUGCAGUUCAACGACAAAAAGAUGCAGAACAUUUUGAUGGCAUUGAGCCAUUAGAUGAGUCUGAUGUUGAUAUUCAAGAAUUAGAUGUCUCGAAAGAUGGAACUCCUAUCCCUGAUGAAGAUAUUGAUGCAAGCGAAGAAGAUUUUGGCAAGGCAGGCAGUUUACUUGAUGGUCAGAAGAAGUAUAAUUCAGCUGUCCACUCCAUUCAGGAAAAGGUAACAGAGCAACCAUCAAUGCUUCAAGGUGGAGAGCUUAGACCAUAUCAGUUAGAGGGUCUCCAGUGGAUGCUUUCAUUGUUCAACAACAAUCUGAAUGGAAUAUUAGCAGAUGAGAUGGGAUUAGGGAAAACUAUUCAAACCAUUGCUUUAAUUGCAUACCUAUUGGAGGUAAAAGGCGUGGGUGGGCCUCAUUUAAUUGUAGCACCGAAGGCUGUUUUACCUAAUUGGGUUCAUGAAUUCCAAACAUGGGUUCCCGGUAUUGUUGCUGUCCUCUAUGAUGGGCGACAAGAGACUAGGAAAGCAAUCAGGGAAGAAUACUUUGCUGAGGAAAAGUUCUGUGUGAUGAUUACUCAUUAUGACCUUAUCAUGAGAGAUAAGCAAUACCUCAAGAAAAUUCACUGGUAUUACAUGAUCAUUGAUGAAGGGCAUCGAUUAAAAAAUCAUGAGUGUGCUCUUGCGCGGAUUCUCGUCUCAGAAUAUAGGAUUCGGCGCAGACUUUUGCUGACUGGGACUCCAAUACAGAACAGCCUCCAGGAGUUGUGGGCCCUGCUCAAUUUCCUUCUUCCCCACAUUUUUAAUUCUGUUGUAAAUUUUGCAGAGUGGUUUAAUGCGCCAUUUUCUGAACGAUCUGAAGUUGCACUUACAGAUGAAGAACAGCUAUUGGUCAUUCGACGGUUGCAUCAUGUUAUAAGGCCAUUUAUUCUCAGAAGGAAGAAAGAUGAAGUGGAGAAAUAUUUACCUGGGAAGACGCAGGUCAUAUUGAAAUGUGACUUGUCUGCAUGGCAGAAAAUUUAUUAUCAACAAGUUACAGACAUGGGAAGAGUAGGCAUGGAUUCAGAGCGAGGGAAAUCAAAGGGCCUACAAAAUCUGUCAAUGCAGUUAAGGAAGUGCUGCAACCACCCUUACUUGUUCUUGCCAGAGUAUAAUAUAUGGCAUAGCGAUGAGAUAGUGAGAGCAUCAGGAAAAUUCGAGCUACUUGAUCGACUGCUUCCUAAACUGGCUAGAUCUGGACAUAGAGUUCUCUUGUUUUCACAAAUGACUCGUCUCUUGGAUAUUCUUGAAGUUUAUCUUAGAAUGCGUGAGCACAGGUUCCUUCGACUUGAUGGCUCAUCAAAAACUGAUGAAAGAGGGACUUUACUUAAAGAAUUCAACGCUCCAGAUUCUCCAUAUUUCAUCUUUCUUCUCAGUACUCGCGCAGGAGGUCUGGGUUUAAACUUACAGACUGCAGAUACUGUAAUUAUAUUCGACAGUGAUUGGAACCCCCAGAUGGACCAACAGGCUGAGGAUCGGGCCCAUCGUAUUGGUCAGAAGAAAGAGGUGAGAGUUUUCGUGUUGGUUAGUGUUGGAUCUAUAGAAGAGGUAAUUUUGGAACGCGCAAAACAGAAAAUGGGCAUAGAUGCCAAGGUAAUUCAGGCCGGGCUCUUCAAUACAACAUCAACAGCUCAGGACAGGAAGGAGAUGUUGGAAGUGAUUAUGCGUAGAGGAACAAGCGCGCUUGGAACAGAUAUUCCGAGUGAGAGAGAGAUCAACCGGUUGGCAGCUCGAACAGAUGAAGAGUUCUGGCUAUUUGAGAAAAUGGAUGAAGAGAGAAGGCAAAAGGAAAACUACAGACCUCGUCUUAUGGAAGACCAUGAGGUGCCUGAAUGGGUGUACACUGUUAACACUGAUGCCUCUGAGCGAAGCAAAGGUUUUGAUCAUGAAGUGGGCAAAAUAACAGGUAAGCGGAAGAGAAAAGAGGUGAUUUAUGCUGACACCAUCAGCGACCUACGAUGGGUAAAAGCUGUAGAGAAUGGAGAAGACUUGCCCUCAGCUAUUAACAAGAAGAAGAGGAAGGAAGCUGCUUCCUCUGAGAACUUGAACUCGCCAAACAAUAAUCAUGGAGCAAUUGAAAAGGUAUAUGAUCUUGGGGAUGAUGAUAUCACUAGUUUCAGUGAUGGAAAGAGUGAAGAAUUUCCUCAUCCUUCCCCUCGGAAGAUGAGGAUGAAUGGGCUGAACUUUGGAACACCCGAACAUGAAGAUGAUGGCGGAUAUGGAUAUGAAAAUGGAAGUGGAAGUGGAAGUGACGCUUGGAAUUUGACAUGGAAGACCCAUAAAAAAAAGAGAUCAAGUAUUAAUGUUUUGGGAUCUUCAACCUCUAUGUCUGAAUCUUGUAGGGGUCAGAAUUCUAGUGGCCGAGGAAACCGAUGGAGUUGAUUUAUUUAGUUUCUGCCCUUCCAUCGUCCCCUUGGAGGCAGUUUAAUAGUUGAUUGGUUUUCACCUGGGGAUUUCUUUAGGAUUGUGGUUGAGACAUUUGAUGGCAUUGAAAAAGCUGAAAGGAGAGGAUCGAUACUAAUGGCCUUCUAUCAACCCCUGAUGAGCAUUGACGAAGGUUGAGAAGUGUAUCUAAGCUGUUGCACCUGGGGACUUCUUCUGGGCUGGGAUUGGAUGAUCGGCUUAUAUUUUGCUGUGAUUAGUUGUUAUUAGGCUCUAUUUAGCGAUUAAUUGUGAAGCUUCCUAUCAUUAUGAAAAUCUAAGUAGCACUAUAUUAUGCUACAUGUAAAAAUUAAGAGAAUUUUCCUUAGUUUUGGUGGUAGAUCUUAUUAUCUCUAAACUUCAGCUUAGGGUGAAAUCGAGUUUUAAGUUAGAGGUUGCCAAAACGUGGUACAAUGCUAUAGCAUGGUGCUCCUUUCUUUUU